AUGGGCAAUGUCGGAAGCCGCCUGGAUGACUCCGGGAACCUGUAUUUCAAAGAUCAGGCAAAAUUCACGAUCGCUGCUGUAACGAUAACCAAUUCUAGGCGCCGAGUGCUCCUACAUCUCGUUCCCAAUUCCUUUCCUGCUACCAGAUACACCGCUAGGCGCGAGGCUGGCGAUGAGAGCCCGAUCGAAUACAUACAGGACCCUGAUCUUUCGCCAUCUGCACCGGUGCCAACAUUCCUCCUGCGCUUGACCAACGAAGACGAGCUGAAUUUCAAUUUUACCUUUAUCCUUAGACAAACACAGACGGGAAACGCGGCCAAUGCCACUGUCAAUGGGGUCUCUACCUCUCUGCCCGAAGUAGCCGACACCGUUCUAACAGGCCUCACUUUCGCACAUGCGCCAAACACUAGAGAUCUGGACAAUCUUAUCACUCGCGAGUUUCACGCCAAUCCGAACCUCCAGAACAAUUCUAAUGUGCAGCUGGUGGGAGAUUAUUCGACUUCGGGUAAUCCUUCGGUGCAAUUUGAAUGGUCGUGGAAAUGGAAACCGCCCAAGGUCAUAGAGGAUAAAGGGGGCGGUUGGAGAAACAGUUGCAGUUUCCUUGAUUAUGACCAGAGAGCCAAUCGGUUGAAUACCCUCGCUCAUUUCUCGUUUUGGGUGCACAGCACUCAGCGUGCUCUCCCCAGUCCUAAGGUCUUUUCACCAAACCUAGAAAUCCCUGUCCCUUUUCGGAAUCGUAUUCCUUCCUCACAGUCCAUCGUCUCGCACUCCAGUGAUGCAGAUACAGCAUCUAACCCUCAUGCUGUGCCCGUCACACCCCCAGAAGUCGGCGACACGGCUUUUGUGCCCCCACCUGGGUAUGCACCCCCCCUUCCUGUCAAGGUCGAUCUUCCCCAUUCGCGCCCCGGAGAGGACAUGAGCGUGGUUGAGGAUGGCCCGUUGUUCCGUGCGACGAUGAAAGCAUUGGAGCAAAAGACAGGGAAUAUGCGAGCGAAGAUAAAGAAAGUCCUCAAAAAGGCCGAGGCCGCCCAGCAAGCACAAGUGGCCUGUAACGAUGCUGUAGAAGCAUUUCUUUCCGCACUGAACGAAGCUUCUACUUCGAAUGCCAACGCGAUCCAGCCUGCACUUGACCAUUAUUUUGAAAAGACGGCACGCCAGAUUCUGAAUUAUGAGCGACUAAAUACGACACAACUUCAAAAACUCGUUAUUGAGCCAUUGGUCAAACUCUACAAUAACGAUAUCAAACAGGCCGAGGCCAAGAAAAAAGAGUUUGAAGAGGAGAGUAGGGAUUAUUAUGCCUAUGUCAGUCGCUAUCUUGGCCAGCGACAGGAUUCUUUGAAGGAAAAAAAACGAGCGGAGAGUGACUCGAAGUAUCAGGCUAAGCGGCGCAAUUUCGAAUUAAAGCGUUUUGAUUACUCCUCGUUCAUGCAGGACCUGCACGGGGGUCGCAAAGAGCAAGAGGUUCUCUCUCACCUUACUAAGUAUGCUGAUACCCAGGCGAAGAGUUUCCUUGCGGCCGCCAAAAAGGUUGACAAUAUGAUUCCCCAAUUGGAUGCUUUGAUACAUGAGGUCGGGCAGGCGGACAAGGAAUUCCAGUUUCAACGAACGGAGAGGGAAGAAAAGCGGAGAGCACUGGAAAAGAGCAGCAACACCUUUCUCGAACCCGACACCCUAAUCUCGGCAGGCGCCCCGUCUACAUUCUCAGGGAGUACCAAUGGAACUCAGAAACUAGAAAGUGAUCUAGGCCGCGCAGAUAGCACCGGCUCCCAGUUGCGAAGUGUGGCUAGCAACAACUCAUCAAUUCUACCACAAGCAAACUCGUCCACUACACCGGUGGCCGGGUUGUCCAUCCUCGCGUCGACGGCGGGCUCAAACGGCCAACAAAGGAAGGAAGGUCUUCUGUGGGCGCUGUCUCGCCCAGGCUCUCAUAUUGAUCCCAAAGGCAUCAACAAACAAGCCUGGCACAAAUUCUGGAUUGUCUUAGAUCAGGGAAAACUUUCGGAAUACAGCAACUGGAAACAGAAGCUUGACCUCCACAUGGAUCCCAUUGAUCUGAGAAUGGCAUCCGUCCGAGAAGCCCGAAACGCCGAGCGGCGAUUUUGCUUCGAAGUCAUAACUCCACAGUACAAACGCAUUUACCAGGCCACCUCCGAGGAGGAUAUGUCCAAUUGGAUAAGAGCAAUCAACAACGCUCUGCAGAGUGCAGUAGAGGGUCGCGGCAUGUCACCACCACCAAUCGCCACGGACAACGAUAGUGCCUCUUUCAGUCGUGAUAUCGGAUCGGUGCUGACCGGAAAGACCACCUCAUAUUCUGUUCAACACUCCCAAUCAACUGGCUCUAAUAACAACGUCACUCGUCGCACCACUGUAGGCGCAAGACCAAGUUACGUUCGUGAUAACCAUGGCUUUGAGGAGAAUCCUUCCAAGUUACUCCAGACAGUCCGCGAUGCGGAUCAAGGCAACAAUUGGUGUGCUGAUUGCGGCUCCACAUCUAAGGUCGAAUGGGUGUCUAUUAAUCUGGGAAUUGUCUUGUGCAUCGAAUGCAGUGGCAUUCAUCGAUCACUUGGGACACAUAUCUCCAAGAUACGAUCUUUGACGCUGGAUGUGCACUCUUUCUCAAACGACAUCGUUGAAAUCCUCCUGCAGAUCGGCAACCGUGUCAGUAACAUGAUCUGGGAGGCAACACUUGAUCAGCUGCACAAGCCAAUCGCCACCUCUACUAGGGAGCAAAGGUUGAAGUUCAUUACGGCCAAGUAUAGUGAACGAGUAUUUGUCCAAGCGCUACCCUCCCCCUUAUCCCGCUUUGCUACGGCGGACGAGACUCUUCUUGCUGCAAUCAAAAGAAACGACAUCCAAGGCGUACUUUAUGGCAUCGCGCUUCGCGCCAAUGUGAAUAUCACCGACCGUUCUCGCAAUACUCAUGCCGUGUUUCUGGCCCUAGCCGCAGCUGAUCCUGCAUCACCGGGGUCGGCCUCUAGUCUGUCAACCAGGUCACCCGCAGGUCCUCCUGUAAAAGCGAUUCCUUUCCCGAUUGCAGAGAUCCUCGUCCAGAACGGCGCCGAGAUUCCUCUGCAGCCUCCGCCUAUUCCCCUUUCGCCAGCUGCCCAACUAUAUUUGAGUCAGAGGACCGCAAGAGUGCCCAAUUAUAUCAGUACUCCUUCCGCUCCUCCCACUGGGAAGAGUACAGCUGAAAUCUCAGGUUCACCACCAACGAUUCGAGGCCCGGGCACUGAUAACAGCGUCGUAUCGCCCACACAGGCUCCGAGCUCACUCGACAGUAAGGAGCGUGAGAAGUUGCACAAAAGAGGUAGUGCUGGUGCUAGAUUUGCUGGAAAGGUUGCCUCACUUGGUAUAGACCGAUAA